AUGUCAGAUAUGGUGCAGCCCACUGCAGACGUACAGCGUAAUAAUGUGCUUUCUAAAACUCCCGCAGCACUAUAUGCUCCCGCUCAUGAUUAUCACGCAGCUGUCCCUAGCUAUUAUAUGAAGACACUGAUCCCCCCAUCGACACUGGGUGACAGAAAAAGCGACAAUCUCGUCAUUGAGCCGCCGAAAGACCACACUUUUGAAACUGGGGAGUUUGUUAACCAGGGUUUCUUCGACAAAGUUCACCAGUCGUGGUUCCUUCACAAAGCACCUCGUGCCGAAUGGACCUACUCCAUGCGCCGAGAAGCUCAGCAAGUCCUGCCUUUCUUGUACCUGGGGCCCGCUUCCGUGGCGCGGGAUAAGAAGUUUGUCAAGGAUGAAGGCAUCACUUUACUUUUGUCGAUUCGUGACAAGCGAGCGGCCAUUGUACGCUUGCUUUCGGGGACCAAGGUUGCCGAAGAAUUGGGGGUGCAGUCUGACUCGGUCGAUGUGGACAGUGACCAAGAACUCAUCGCCCUCUACCCCCAGGCUAUUCGCCGCAUAAAUCAGCACAUAUCAUCAGGAGCCUCGGCCGGCUCAGAUCUGCCACCGAGGGUGCUCGUCUUUUGUGAAUCAGGCAAUAGCCGAUCCGCUAGUGUGGUCAUUGCCUACUUAAUGAGCAUGCUAAAUAUGGAUAUGGCUGCUGCAAUGUGGGCUGUGCACCAUCGGCGUUUCUGCAUAGAUGUGGACGACUCUAUGCGGCUGCUUCUCCUGUCUUUUCAGUCCAUUCUCGAUGCAAAGCGCGAAGUUGCGGAAGCCCGCCGUCAAGAAUCGCAACAAGCGUCUUUAGCGGUGAAUCCGAUAUCUUGUCAUUCUCACGGCCAUGGGGGAUGUCACCUCACAAAGAAGAGGAGUUUUAUUGAAUAUGACGACGAUACCACGCUGGCUAUUGGACAUGCUAUGGAUUGUAUUGAGUCAGCGCAGACUCAUCUCGAAGGGGAUUCGGAGCAUCUGAGGCGAAAGCCGGCUCCAUUCAUCGAGCGCAGUCUUUAA